ACAAAAAUCGAAACGUCAGGGUAAUUUAACAAGUGUAUAAUUUAUUUGAAAAAGUUAUAAAAGUUUUUUACUCAGGACUAUGUACAUACUUUUAACAUAAAUUAAUAUAUUUAUAUAAAAAAUUAUGGAAAUAGUCAGAGUAGAAAAAUUAAGUCAAAAUUGGUUCCAAAAUUUAAAAUAAUAAAUGUAAUAGGUUCAUACAACUUGAUAACGCAGUGCAUGCAGCAAAUUUAGUGUAAUAAUAUUUUUACAAGAAUCUUAAAUAUAACGGCUAGCCUUCUUAAAUUCUUAAAAACUUGUUCUAUUAUUGUCCUUGGGCAUAACAAUGCACAUGCAAAAGACCUUUACAUGGAAAGAAUUCUUGGAAAGUGCCAGAAGUUUCAUUGAUAUUUCAGAAAAACUUGGUGAUACUUGGAAACUUAUAGAAAAAAGUUUUGAAGAAGGAAGUUCUUACUUAACAUAUGAGCAAAAAAUUAAAUGUAAAUUUGACGUACCCGUUGAUCAAAGUUUUGAAAAUUUUGUUGAAAACAUUGAGAAUGAAGAUGAAGCUUCUUUAGCACAUAAUGAUGAACUGAUACGUAUCGAGUAUCAUGUUGUAUAUAGCAUAAGCUACCAAAUUCCAAUUUUAUACUUUAGGGCUUAUAAGAGUGAUGGAUCAAUGGUUUGUCUUGAAGAAUCCUGGAAAUUAUUUACCGAUGCAACAAAAUCAAUCUAUUCUAAAUCAGACAUGUUAUCUAUACUAACUCAAAUGGAACAUCCCAUAUUAUAUAAACCUUUUUUAGCUUUACACCCAUGUAAAACUGCCGAAAUAUUGGGUAAUUCACCACAAAGUAAAAAUUUUAUUCUCACUUUUUUGAGUGUUAUGGGACCAUUUGUUCAGUUAAAAUUAACUAACGAUUACGGCGUAUUGUAGUAUUGAAUAUUUAAAAGAGCAAGAAUGUACACACAACAGGAUCAAUAUUUGAUUUUAUUUUUUUUAAUUUUUGAUUGUUAUUAACUUCAUAAUUGUCAGAUCAUUUUAAAAGUUAAAAUUAAGCAUGUUUUUAAUAAUAUUGAAAACAGAAUGUUUUUUU